AUGAAAAAAGGUCUGAAUUUUUUUUCCUUUGUUUUUAAUUUAAAAAAAAAAGAAAAUCUCUUACGUGGGUUGUCAACUAAACUAACUCCUCGCGCGAAGUUGUCUUGGCGGCGGCGACGACCACCACCACCAGCGAACGCUUCCUUCAACCUUAAAACCCACCAACAAAAACCUUCCACAUUUGCUGCACUUUCACUUUUUUCUCUCCAGAGUAAAACAAAUUAAGACUAUCCUAUCACACCUCAGUGACAAACCCGGCUCUGAUCCCAGAUUUCUCUCAUCCUUUGGACGUUAAUUCAAGAAUGAGUAUAUCCAACUCUCCUCGGGUGGGAUUUCUGCAGCCAUUGAACAAAGUAGGGCAAGAAGAGAGCUCAAUUCCCAAAAUAUUACUAUCUAAAGGGCUCAAUGUUGUUGGCCGGAAUUGCAUUCCAGUCACCGAUAAACGCCUCAGCCGGAAGCAUCUCAGCAUUAAUGUUGCCUCCGAUGGCUCUAGCGAAGUCUCUGUGGAAGGAACAAACCCUGUUGUUCUAAGAACUAAGGGUGAAAGGAAGAAGCUUUUAUCUGGAGAGAAAUGGAAAAUUGAGGAUGGUGAUAUUAUAGAGUUGAUACCUGGCCACUACUUUUUUAAGUAUGUAGCUUCUGGUGGUGAGAAAAAUGAAAAGUUAAUGAGUAAUAAGCAGAAAAGGUGUUGGGAUGAAGAAAGUAGUUAUAGCAAAGACAGGGUUCGUAAUAAGAAGAGAAUCAACGGUGAAUCUGAAUUGGAACCUCUGGCUGAACAAUCAAAAAAGAAAUGGUUUGAGAAUAAUGGCAAGGAAACAGAUAAAUCUUCGGAGGGUAUUCGUCAAUUUAAUGUUCCUAAUUCUAAGUUACCGUCAACUUUUCGAUUAUUACGGGUGCAAGGGCUGCCAGCAUGGGCUAAUACUAACACGGUCUCAAUCAAUGACGUGAUUCAGGGAAAUGUUAUUCUUGCUAUACUUUCUAAUUACAUGGUGGACAUCGAUUGGCUACUUUCUGCAUGUCCUCUGCUUAAAAAAGUGCCUAAUGUUUUGGUCAUCCAUGGAGAGAGUGAUGGCAUACUGGAGUACAUGAAGAGAAAAAAGCCUGCAAGUUGGAUCCUUCACAAACCUCCAUUACCAAUUUCAUUUGGAACACAUCAUUCCAAAGCUAUGCUUCUUGUCUAUCCUCAAGGAGUAAGGGUUGUUGUGCAUACGGCAAAUUUGAUACACGUUGAUUGGAAUAACAAGAGCCAAGGCCUGUGGAUGCAAGAUUUUCCGUGGAAGGAUAAUAACGGUGCAAGCAAAGGAUGUGGUUUUGAAAGCGAUUUAAUUGAUUAUCUGACCAUGUUAAAGUGGCCAGAAUUCAAUGUUGAUUUACCUGCUCUUGGCAGUUACAGUAUUAAGCCUUCAUUCUUCAAAAAGUUUGAUUACACCAGUGCAGUGGUCAGGCUAAUUGCAUCAGUCCCUGGAUAUCAUUCAGGUUCCAAUUUAAAAAAGUGGGGACAUAUGAAGUUACGUACUGUGCUUCAGGAGUGUACUUUCAGUGAGGAGUUCCAAAAAUCUCCUCUUGUUUACCAGUUUUCUUCCCUAGGUUCUUUGGACGAGAAGUGGAUGUUGGAAUUUGCAUCAUCUAUGAGUGCUGGAGUUACAAGAGAUAAAAAGCCCCUUGGGGUAGGGGAGCCAUUAAUAAUAUGGCCAACAGUGGAAGAUGUCAGAAAUUCUUUAGAGGGAUAUGCAGCUGGAAAUGCCAUUCCAAGUCCACUAAAGAAUGUGGAGAAAGCAUUUCUGAAAAAAUAUUGGGCAAAAUGGAAGGCUAACCAUAGUGGUCGCUGUCGUGCAAUGCCUCACAUAAAGACAUUCACGCGGUAUAAUGGCCAAAAUCUUGCGUGGUUCUUGCUCACUUCAGCCAACCUCAGCAAAGCUGCCUGGGGGGCUCUUCAGAAAGGCAAUUCCCAGCUGAUGAUCCGUUCCUACGAGCUUGGAGUGCUCUUUUUGCCUUCUUCCAUUAAACCCGGUUGUGGAUUUUCUUGUACAGAUAUUGCAAAGUCCUCUGAUGAUAAUGGUGGACUGCAGAAGAGUUCUGAAACGAAGAGAAUGAAGCUGGUGACUCUAAAUUGGCAAGGAGACCAAACUGAAGUGAUACAGUUGCCUGUUCCUUAUGAGCUUCCACCAAAACCCUAUUCCCGGGAAGAUGUUCCUUGGUCUUGGGAUCGUCAUUAUGCAGAGAAGGAUGUUUAUGGUCAAGUAUGGCCUAGACAAGUAAAGUUGUAUGCCUGCCAAGAUUCCUAGUGUGCAUAAGUUCAACCAUUCUUCUAGAAUGCUUGACUUUUUCAAAAAAAUUUGACAUCAUCCACACUUCAGCAAAAAGAAUUUUGAUCCAUGUGUAAGGAAAGGUCUCGGUUGAUUUGAGUACUUGCUUCAAGUAUAUGUUCUGAUUCUUGAUCGCUUUU